AGACGAUUCAGACAAAAUGGCAACGCAAUACAGUGUAAACAGUAAGAACUAUAUUAUGAAGCUGAUCGACACGCUUUACAAUCAAGUUCCAGCUUUCACUGACGUGUUCGACGAGGAGACCUGGUAUGUCUUUGUUGCCUGCUUCGUAGCAGGAACAUUUGUGAUCGCGUUCAUCUUGUCAAGGUUCAUUACAUUGAAACCCGUAGAAUAACAUUAAAAUGUAAUAUUAACGAAAGAUAAUUUAUAUAUUCUCCAUUGCAUCAAACAUUCACUUCAUAUUUGUACUUCAUUGUGUGAAAUCAAAUUUACAAUAUGUAAUCGUCGAGAUUCUGCUGAUCAGAUGUUUCUAUCACACGGAAUGUAGUCGAAGUUAUAUUUAAUAAUAAAACAUUAACAAGAUUGCUUUGGUCUUUAA